AUGGAUACUGUUACUGUUGAGGAGCUGUUACAAGAUGUGGAGGCACUAACGAGUGAGAUCAAUGGUCUACAGGAGAAAUCGAAGAAGUUAAGGGAACAGUUGAAGCAUCCGGAGCAAUUUAUCAAGUUUGAUAAAGCAUUCGGAGAUUUUAAUGAUAUAUUCGAGAAGAAUCCAGGAUUACGAGAUUUGUUGCUCGGUUAUGAGAUUGAUAAAAGUGCGACUGAUGUUGACGACACUAAUAUUAUCCCUGUGACUCCACAGAAGAAGUCUCGAAGCUCAGUUGUGAACGAGAAAUUACAUAGUUUACCUGAACAUGAAUGGGUACUGAAAACACAACCUCUAGUGGAGCAUCGACUAUUUGAUGAGAGCGUAAGAGAUGUUAUAGAUACUGACAUACUGAUAUCACCAUCAAAAAGAAAACAGAAGAUACAACAAUUGAACCCAAACUCUACUGGUAAAGUUAGCAAAGAGCCAAUUCAGUAUGAAAACAUAUAUAGGCUCUUUGGAAUAAGUUAUUUCCCUCUUGUGGACCCCUCUGAUCUGAUAUUUGACUCCAAAACUGAAAAGAUGAUUGUUACUCGAGAUAUGCUUGGUAUACGGUUUGAUAUUUUUAAUGAAUCAUCUAAAAGCUUUGAGAAACCACAUUAUAUUUUGCUGAAGAAGUCUGCUAAAUCUGAUGAUUGGAAACUAUUCAAAUAUACUGUACCCAACUAUAUCGACGUAGAAGGGAUAUUUGCAGAGGUUACUGGUGGCUUGAUAAGAACUUAUGACGAUGUUUACCUCUUUGCCAAAUGUAUUUAUCUAUUGCUAGUUGAAAUAGUUAUUAGAUCCGAGCUAUUCCUACAACUAGAAAAGGAUGGGAUAAUUGAUGACUUGGAUAUGGAUUUACAAUCUCUUGUGAUCAAAUGCACAUUACAGGGGACCACCAAAAUUGAAUUUCAUAUCCAUCAGUACUCAAUAAUUGCUUGUACUAUUAAAUCGAAAAUAAUGAGUGAUGAUGAGAAGGAAAGAUUAGCCAUGAUGUUACAAGGUUCACUUCAUGAUUUAAAGUAUAAGUUAAUAAGCUUGAGAAAUUAA